AUGCAAGAACCGUCGAAUAGUGAUAAAAUUUGUUUGACGUAUCUCAACCCACAUCUUACCUGUAAUAUUUGUCACGGUUAUUUGAUAGAUGCAGUUUCCAUAACCGAAUGCCUUCAUCCGUUUUGUAAAUCAUGCAUCGUAAAAUACCUGGCCACAAAAAAUACUUGCCCCGUCUGUGAUAUAACAAUUCAUCAAAGUCAUCCCUUGAACUACAUAAGUGCCUUUUUAUGGAGUGCCGACCGCACAUUGCAAGAUAUUGUUUAUAAAAUUGUUCCCCAUUUGAAAGAGGUUGAAAGAAGAGCUAGAUCGGAUUUCUACCGAUCAAUUGGCCAAACGCCUCCCCCAUCCGAAGACCUUAUUCAUGAACACAAAAUCCUUCACGGCCACUCCUCUCCUGAAGGGUCAAACAAAAACGUCCACGUAAGAGGGCCAGCUGCUGAUCCAAAUUUCCAUCGCAACGAUGAUCAGGUCCAUGUGAAACUUGAACCUGGGUCUGCUUCUCUCAAGCCUUUGAAUUUGAAAUUUCUGCGCAUUUCCUCGAAAGCUACUGUUACCCACCUCAGAAAAUAUGUAGCUCAACAGAUACUUAGUGAUGUAUCCAAGUUCAACGAGAUUGAUAUAUUCAUCAACAACUGUGCAAGUGGAACGUUUCUGGGCCGCGACCAUGUCCUUAAGUUUGUGAGAGUUGUCUAUUGGAAUGACGACCACCCGAUGCCUCUCGAAUAUCGAUUAAGCACAAAAUUAGCGUGA